GGGGUAGUAUUCUCCACAGAGAUACAUAGGCUAAUUGACAAGGUAUUGGUAGGCAUUAAUUACAUUGUGCUUACAAGAUUAGAUAAAAAAUACGCCCUUGGACACCAAACGCACAGCUGAGCUCAGGGUAGUGAGAAUCUGAGGAGAUCUGUGGAUGUGGCAGCUUUUAUAAUAUCUUUAAAUUUAAUUUUAGCACAGAACUUGUCUAUUUAACCCGUGUCGUCGGUGAAUGUGGUGACAUGAAUUCGAAGAGGAUUUACAUUUUGACUAAGUUGGUUUCAGAAAAAAAAAAGAUUAUGAGGAGAAAUUUAAUUAAAAGCUAGAUUUGUGUAACUUAAAAAGAGCUUUGAUCGGGCUGGAAUCUCUGACGGAAAAGAAAGGUAUUGAUGGAAUUAUUUAAAAAACAAACAGUCAAGGUUGCAUGCCACAAUGUUGAGCCGUCUGUUCAGCGAGGUGCUGCCAGACGUCCAGAGGCUCGCAGCCGACUGGGUGGAGGACAAUGAGGUCGAGGACGACAAAGCCAAGGAAGAUGACCACGAGCCCUGCCACCUCGAGGAGGAUGAGCUGGACGAGCCACAGGAAGGCAGCAGUCGAGCUGAGUCUGAGAUGGCCGGCGACGAUGAUGAGGACGAGGAGGCCGAGGAAGAGGAGUGUGGGGAUGAGAACAGCGAGGACAAACCCAAGAAGCGCGGCCCAAAGAAACGUAAGAUGACGGCAGCUCGCGUGGAGCGCUCCAAGAUGCGUCGGGUAAAGGCAAACGCUCGGGAGCGCAUGCGCAUGCACGACUUGAAUUCCGCGCUGGACAACCUGCGCAAGGUGGUGCCCUGCUAUUCAAAAACCCAAAAACUCUCCAAGAUCGAGACUCUGAGGCUGGCCAAGAAUUACAUAUUAGCCCUCGGGGAGAUUUUACGCAACGGAAAGCGUCCAGAUGUGGUGACCUACGUGCAGAUGCUGUGCAAAGGCCUGUCCCAGCCCACCACCAAUCUGGUGGCAGGCUGCCUGCAGCUCAACACCAGGAACUUCCUAACUGAACAGUGUUCAGACGGAGCCCGAUUCCACAUGCCGAGUUCUCCUUUCUCGGUCCAUCCCUACUCGUACCGGUGUUCGCGCCUCUCCAGCCCUCAUUACCAGCCCGGAACCGGUGCUCUCAACUUGCGAAGCCACUCCUACGGCUCUGGAUACGAGGCCGUGUACCCGCCUGGAGGCACGUCCCCUGACUACAGCAGCCCGGACUACGAAGGCCAGCACAGCCCUCCCGUGUGCCUGAACGGCGGACUCUCCGGGAGGCAGCAGGAGUCCUCUGAGACUGACAGGAACUAUCAUUACUCUGUGCACUACUCUGGACUGACCACUUCUCGACCCAGCCACAGCAUACCCUUUGGGCCCUCGGGUACGCGCAGUGGUGGUGCGCACUCAGAAAACAUUCCACCAUUCCACGACGUACACUUGCACCACGACAGGGCGCCCCCAUACGAGGAUCUCAAUGCCUUUUUCCACAAUUGAUUCCAUACUACGGUCCAAUCAGGCUUAUUGACAUUCUAAUGACAAUCCUAUAAUGUUUAAUAUUGUUUGGGAAACAAGAAGAGUCUCUAAAGGGAGGUGAUGGAGGUGGCAGAAAGAGUCUUUUGAUUAUCUUCUGUAUUCUACUGAUGUCAUCCCUAUACUGUUGUACAUCAUAUCAAAGUGUGUCCAGUAUUAUCCUGUAUGCAGAAUGAGUGCAACUGACAUAAACAAUGUAUAGGCCAACAUGAAACAUGUUAUGACUCAAACGACUUAAAAUAAAAAAGUGUUUUCUAAUCGUC